AGCCUGCACGCUGGAGAGGUGAAGAGUCGCGGUGAGGCGAUGGUGAAGCAGACAAUCCAGAUUUUCGCGAGGGUGAAGCCUUCUGUCCGGAAGCAUCCACAAGGGAUUUAUUCCAUAGAUGAAGAUGAAAAAUUAGCAUCUAGUUUGGAAAUUAUCUUACCUCGUGAUUUGGCAGAUGGAUUUGUGAAUAAUAAGCGAGAGAGCUACAGAUUUAAAUUUCAACAAAUUUUUGAUCAAGAUGCAAACCAGGAGAUCAUUUUUGAAAGCAUUGCCAAACCAGUUGCUGAGAGUGUCCUGGCGGGUUACAAUGGCACCAUCUUUGCAUAUGGGCAGACAGGCAGUGGAAAAACAUUCACCAUCACCGGAGGGGCAGAGCGCUACAGUGACAGAGGCAUUAUCCCAAGGACACUGUCAUACAUUUUUGAGCAAUUACAAAAGGACAGCAGCAAAAUAUACACAACACACAUUUCCUACUUGGAAAUCUACAAUGAAUGUGGUUAUGAUCUGUUGGAUCCAAGACAUGAAGCUUCUGGUUUGGAAGAUUUGCCGAAAGUGACGAUAUUUGAGGACACUAAUCAGAACAUUCACCUGAAAAACCUAUCUCUUCAGCAGGCAACCACGGAGGAAGAAGCACUAAACCUGCUUUUCUUAGGGGACACGAACAGAAUGAUUGCAGAGACUCCUAUGAACCAAGCUUCAACCCGUUCCCACUGCAUCUUCACUAUUCACUUAUCAAGCAAAGAACCGGGAUGUGCCACUGUCCGGCAUGCCAAGCUUCACUUGGUUGACCUGGCUGGUUCAGAGCGAGUUUCCAAGACUGGAGUUGGGGGGCUGCUGCUUACAGAAGCCAAAUAUAUCAACUUGUCAUUACAUUACUUAGAACAGGUUAUCAUUGCCCUUUCAGAAAAACACCGCUCGCACAUUCCUUAUAGGAACUCCAUGAUGACCAGUGUCCUGAGAGACAGCUUGGGAGGGAACUGCAUGACGACCAUGAUUGCCACGCUCUCUUUAGAGAAAAGGAACAUUGGUGAGUCUAUAUCUACCUGCAGAUUUGCACAACGUGUGGCACUCAUAAAGAAUGAAGCUGUUCUUAAUGAAGAAAUUGAUCCCAGAUUGCUGAUCACCCGCCUACAGAGGGAAGUACAAGAGCUGAAGGAUGAACUGGCCAUAGUCACCGGUGAGCUGAGGACAGAGCCGCUCACAGAGGGAGAACUCCUUCAGCUGGAAAAACAAACAGAAACCUUUUUGGAAGACCAAGAUCCAGAGAGUAGACUAGAGGUUGGCUCUGAUAUGCGUAAAAUUCAUCAUUGUUUCCAUCACUUUAAGAAACUACUGAAUGACAAGAAGAUCCAAGGAAAGAGCACCGUUUGCUCUGAAACCAAAGAGCAAGACCACCAAGAACCAUUCAAAGAGGAGGAAUAUAAAAAGCUGCAAGAUCUUCUACAGCAGAGAGAUAAUGAAAUCAAUAUUCUGGUAAAUAUGUUAAAGAAGGAAAAGAAGAAGAACCAGGGUGCUCUUCACUCCUCUGGCACUGAGAGAAGUGACCUAAGACCCUCAGAGAACUCCCCCUUCCCAACGAGGAACCCACAAGGUCCAAAGACACUGUCAUCCUCAGCACCCACACACCCUCCAGGCCUCAGCACUUUGGGAAACAGAUCCAGUUUGCUCCAAGGAAGAACAGGAGUGAGAGAAGAAAUGUCAUUAGGACGCCAGGAAGCUUUUGAAAUCUUCAAGAGGGACCAUGCUGACAGCAUUACCAUCGAAGACAACAAACAGAUUCUGAAACAGAGGUUUUCUGAAGCGAAGGCCCUGGGAGAAAGUAUCAAUAAAGCAAGGAGUAAAGUUGGACACCUAAAGGAAGAGAUUGUGCAGCGACACAUGCAACAAGUAGCUCUGGGCAUCUCAGAAAACACCACUGUGUCCCCAGUACCAGACCCGGUAGAGGAGAAGCUUCGAGCACAGCUGGAAAAGGAAAAGAAAAGCUAUAAGACCGACUUCAUGCAUCUGAAAGCCCUGAAGGUGGAGAUCGAGCACUUGCAGUUGCUCAUGGACAAAACCAAAGUGAAACUGCAGAAAGAGUUUGAAGACUGGUGGGCAGAGGAGACCACUCGGCUGCAGGUCAACCCUCCAGCAGCGAAUUCAUUCAGUUACAUGAGGUCCUGUCCCCAAACACCCGAUUUCCAGUCCAGAGGGUCCCGGCCUCCCUCCCACAGAAGCUCUGGAGACGGGGAAACCUCAGGCCAAGGUCGACCAAGAUCUGUUUCCUGUGAGGACCCUCCUGGCUCACAGACGGCUGCCUUCUCGCUGUGA